CAUCGUAUCUAAAUCAAGUCAAGUGGUUCCACACUAAUUUUAUAAUUUAUAUAUAUUUUAAUUUUGUUAUUAGUAAAUAAUGAUUAAGAUAAUGUGUAAUUAAUUGAGAGCCACUAAAACGCACUCAAUAAUAUGGAAGUGACUAGUGGAGCUGAGGAAGGGUUUGUAAGAGAAUGGACUCCUUGCUCUCAUGUUUUGAACCUCAUUCCACCUAAAAUACAAACUGGAAUUUUCUCCAACGAUCUUAAUUUGACCUGCGUUGAUGCUGUUAGUGAAUAUAUUGCUCUUGGGACUAAUGUUGGAUUGGUUUAUUGGUACGACCGUAAAAAAGGAAAUAUUCAAAGACUAAGAUGUGAGGCAUCAACAUCACCAAUUACAUAUGUUAAAAUAGUAAACACUGUAGAUUAUAUGGUGGGAGCAGGUAAUGCUGCUGGACAAGUAACAGUAUUCCAAAUUCCAAAAGAGCAUCCCGAAAACAUUCCUGAUACAUUCAAACCUAAAGUUGAACCUAAAGUGGAAAGAUACACCAUUGGCGAUUUGCAUAAAAGUGAGAUUACAGCUAUAGAGUGGUCCAAAAAUGGAAUGAGGCUAUUCUCUGGUGACAAAAAUGGAGUUAUCAUUAUGACUGAGAUUGACUUUUAUAUGCAUCUGUGUAAAUCAAUGGAGAUUGUAAAUGAACAGCAUGAGAUAGUGCAGCUGAGCUACUACCAGAAUGCGCUCCUGGUGUCCAGUGUUUACCGCAGCAUUGUGUGCGAGCGUAGGGACAACCGCUGGCACGUCAACCAGCUGGGCAAGAAGGAGAGGAAGAGCCUGUGCGCUCUGGGGGCGGUAUUCCAGUACUCUUACGCAUGCGGAGGAGCGGCCAACGCGUAUUGCGCUCGCCCCGGCCUGAGGGUGUGGCGCGCGGACCGAAGCGGAAACGUGCUACAGACACUGCUCUUCAAGGAUGCGAUAUCGAACCCGCUGACUGUGGCCGAGCUCCUGAACCCGUCCCAGCGCAAACACUGUCACAGCGACCGCGAGUACAACCUGGGCGCACUGCAUGUGUUCCGCGACCACUUCCUGGUCUCACACAACGACCACUUCCUUUACAUCCUAGACCCGAGGUCGCUCACCGCUGUCGCCGUAGUCGACGACCUUAGAAGGAUCGUAUCGGUGUCCGUGAACAAGGACGAGAUAUUCGUGUUGGAGGGAGAGCGGUCGCUAGUGCGUCUCGCUCACAAGCCCGAGCCGGCCGCGCUAGCUCAAGACGAUCCAACAAGUCUGAUGACGAAAUCGCUCACGACGUCACUCCAGCAAGCGGUGAAUACAGUUCGAGAUUUUACACAUUUAGACCAAACGGUACCGUACAUCGCAUCGGUUCUAGAACAACCUAUAGCCAUGUUAACCCGCAACGAGACGUUAGACAUGGGGGCCGUCGUGCCGGGCGAGGAAUGCUUCGAGCUGCCGCCGAUCAAACAUUUGCCGCACGAAGUGUCGGAGAACGUUCUAGAAUCGAUCAUUAACGAGUUUAAAGAUGUAUCGAGUGACGCCGAGGAGAUAAGGAGGGUUAGGUCGGCAGAGUUGGAGAAGAAACUGAAGCUGUAUAAUAGUAUAAUGGAGAAGCAGUGUGAGGUGGAGCUGAUACACAGCAGGCGGAGCAGGAGGCGGGAGGGGUCCGGCGGCAGCACGCCGCGGAUGUUGACGCCGGUGCGCCGUGACGUCAGCUACACUACGCCGUGCGUCAUGAACAUCAGCGUAUACGGGAACAGGCCAGACCAAACUGACGACCAGCUCGAGAAGCAAAUCGAAGAAAAAGAGAAAAUUCUAGCGAAGAUGUUGAAUUUGGAAUCGCUGAGUAUCAAAUCAAGUGAAGUAGAACCACUUAAUGAGCCUGACGAGUUCAGACACGAAACCGUAACUAAAAAUGACAUCGAGAAAACGGUUAGUCAUAAACCCACACCAAAGAAUCCGAAAGUGGAAGAAAAGAAGGCGGCAAUAAUUGAAGAUCUAGUUCCAAAAAUAGUCCAAUUGCCUAAUAACUGGAAUCUAGACAAUUUAGAAUUAAGGUUAAGUGUAAAAGAUUGCGUUAAAGAUGAUCCCGUCUCUCCCGACGAACAAUUAGAUAGCGAAUGGGAAGUUAUUUAAAUGUAAUUUUCCUAAAACCUUCGGCGCCUCCAUAAAAAGGCUCGAUCAACUUGCGCUUUUGAUGUCAGUGGCAAUGCGAAUUUUGAUAAUUAUUGUCAAUCAUAUUUUUUUUUAAUUCAUUUCACGGCUAAGGGUAUAAGAGAUUUUGAACCUUCAAUAGUAAAAGUGACGUUACAUAUGUCAAUUUACUAUCGAAGAAUUAUAUAUUUUUUAAAUUCAUUUUACGGCUGAGAGUUCAAGCCGUUUUAAGCCUUCAAUAGCAAUUAGUGACGUUGCAUAUGUCAAUUUUGUAUCGAAAAUAAUACUGACUGCAGUUAGCUUCGUCUGUUAAGUUGGCAGUACUGAGUAAAGUUAAGGUUAGUGGAUUCUCCUAACAUUGAUCAAAUACUGUGAGGUUAAGGAACGGAAAAUCGUAUGUAGGUGCACUAUUAUUCACUAGAGAGCAAUGAUGACAAACCUAGGGAACUUGUAUGUGAAACGAACUAUGUCUAGUUAUACAAAUGAUUUAAGUUUUCUUUAGUGUUAAUUCCGCCAAUAUUUGUUUUUAAGACUCAAUAACUUCAGUCUCGUGCCAGAUUUUGGCGAGACAACACGUCCUGAGGAUGCCUCGUGUAGAGGCGAAACACGUGUCGAACUAUUUAAAAACAAAUAUUGGCGGAAUUAACACUAAAGAAAACUUAAAUCAUUUGUAUAAUUAUUGAUUUCCGCAAAGCAACGCCUACUUCAAUAAAUUUUCUAUUCCUAGUUGUUAAGUUUAAGCCGACGAACAAUAUUAUAUUUUAGUACCACUUAGCUUUUUGAUACAUUGAUAGAUUUUUUAAUCAUUGAUAUAAAAUAUACCCUCGCGCGGGCCUUGAGCGGUCUCAUUAUUUGUACAGAAGUAAUAAAUACUAAUAAGAGAUGAUUAGAACGUCGAUGAUUCAAGCCGCUGUUUGUUGUAUGCGAGUCAAAUGGAAGGAGCUCUUACUGGGGAGUGCCCGCACAGAGGUGAGAACAGUACUUACUCCAUGUGAGGCCGACUUUCCGCCAUUUACAAUAUAUUUAUUCUGUCCUUUCCAUUAACUCUUCUCUGCUUUCAUAUUUGCGACGUAUUAAAAUAUUAGUUCGGGGGUUCGGCCUUAGUCCAUUUUAUUUGUGUUUAGUAUGUAUAGCUAUGUAUCGCAUCUUCUAGUAGUUUGAAGCCUUAAUUCUUAUAUGUAACUUAGUACCAAUUAAAACAAAUAUUGCAAGAGCAAAACCAAUCAAACUAGGCUGAUAUACAUUUCAUAGAGUUUUAACUAAGAAAGAAAGUGAGACACUCUGUGGACUUCAACAUGAAAUAAAGAAAGCAUAACAAGUAAUGAUAUUUCUAAUUAGACCAGGGCUGAAGCCUUUGAAAAUGGUAAAAAGUGAAAAUUAAAAUAAUAGUAGGGUGAAACCCAUUAGAAAAGGAUGAGAAUAUAACAAAAAUGAAAGAAAAAAUAAAUUACGAGCAAUCUGAGGUCGGGAAGUGGAAGGGUGGUAGGGUUUACUGGAAAAAAUCGUUUUAUCUCGAUUUCCGGCAAUACUACAAGUCCUACUACCUCCUAGUACCUAUUUAACUUUUUUCCAUAGGACUUAUUUUCGGAAAUCGAUAUAAACCGUUUUCUACUCUUAAAUCCCUCGCUAAUAUGCAAUAAAUGAAAAUAAAUUAAUGCACUAGUAUUGGACUACCACAGAAGUAUAGUCAAGUU